AUGUUAGAGACAAUUAGCGGCUGGCUCACCUACGUCGCGGAGUCUGUGCCGUCAUUGCAAGAGCCAAAUGAGCCUUUGCAGUCGCAAGAGACAUUGACAAAAGAGGGCAUGGAGGGACUGCUGUCCUCCUUGAAGUUUCCGUUGUCGUAUGGACAUCAGGAGUUCAAGGAACAUUGGCCCCACACGCCCCAUGAAGCCAACCUGGUGAUCCAAAGCCUGCAUGACCUGGCGCGUGCAUUGUUUGGAGCCAGGGAGGAUGAUGCAGUCGUGGCAUCUUUCUUGGAGAAGAGGGGGUUGAGUAUUCUAGUAGAAGCACUGCUAGCGAGCUCAACUCCCGAGAUCAUACGCGCACAGGCGUGGCAGUCGCUGUGCCUAAUCCUGCUGAAUGUGGAGGAGGAUGUCUUCCAACGGUUGAUCAUUGGGCGCGAGCUGGAUGUGUUGUGGUCUGGUGAGCCAGAUCUUCGAAUUGAGGAGAAUCGGAUGAACUUCGUCUCUUGUCUCAAAACAGUCAGCAUGCGAAUAGACGUGGAGACGCUGCCAUUCCUGAUGACAGACAGCGACAUCCCGAUCCUCAGAGUGGCAAUGGCCUACACGGCCCAUGAAGAGGCCCUGCUCCGCACCCAGGCGCGCAACGCCAUGCUAGCACUUUUUUCAAAGAUGAAGAUGGGCGAGGAACAGCUGUUGCGGACUGCCUUGGAAAUGGCAAAGUCCAGGAAGCUUGGUUGA